UUGCACUGAGGCUCUGCCUGCGACAGUGCCCGGCAGCUGCUCCUGGCGCCUUCGGCCCCGGGGGAAAGGCAGGCUGCCGGUGGGGGAGUGACACCGAGGGCAGGGUUGUAAACGUCUUCGUCUUUCCUGGGGGUUCGGUGCUCCGGCAGGUCACGGAGGUGCACUGCAGGUUGCUGAAGGAAGAUGUGAGCAGGACUUGCGCAGUCAGGGAAGAGAAGAGUUGACAGUGCCUUCAUGAAAAACGAGAGCCUGAGGCACACAUGGUGGGGAAGGAGUGCCAGCUGGAAACCCUGGUUAAACAGUACUACAUUGAGGAGACAAUUAUUGAAGAGGGUGAACCACAUGAGGUGGUCACUGAGAUCACUGAGACCACUACCACAGACUUCACAGGUCCUAAAACCAUCACCUAUACUGUUGAGCAUGAAAAACCUUCCAUUGAGGAUGCAGCACCUCCAGUCAGAAAGAAGAUAAUACGGACAAAAGUGGACACAUCUAAGUUUUUGACACCUUAUCUGCAACACAGUAAUAAAAUGAAGGACCUGUUCAGUGAGAACAAAUACAAAGAAAAAUUUAGAAAAGAAAAAGGAAAGCCAUAUGCUUCCACAAUUGAUACCCCAGAAAUUCGGAGAAUCAAGAAAGUGCAAGACCAGCUCAGUGAGGUUAAAUACCGCAUGGCUGGUGAAGUUGCUAGAACUAUUUGCCACGUCGAUGAAAAGGCCAAGGAUAUAGAACAUGCAAAGAAAGUAUCGCAGCAAGUGAGCAAGGUGUUAUAUAAACAGAACUGGGAGGAGAACAAGGACAAGUACUUACUUCCUCCUGAUGCCCCAGAGCUUGUGAAUGCAAUAAAAAAUACAGCAAUGUUCAGUAAGAAACUCUAUACAGAAGACUGGGAAGGAGACAAAACAUUAUUCUAUCCAUACAAUGACAGCCCAGAACUUAGAAGGGUGGCACAAGCUCAGAAGACUCUGAGUGAUAUUGUCUACAAAAAAGGGCACAAUGAACGAAAAUCUAAAUAUACUUCUCUGCCAGAUCCACCUGAUGUGGAACAAGCCAAGAAAGUGACGAGGCAGCUGAGUGAUAUUAUUUACCAUGAGGACUAUAAUAACAAGAUCAAAGGCAAGUGGAGUCAGACUCCAUGCUACGAUGUUGCAGUUGCAAAAAUGAAUGCAGAAAAUAUAAGUAUGAGAAAAUACCAGGAAGACUUUGAAAACAUAAAAGACCAAAUCUACUUUAUGCAGACUGAGACUCCAGAAUAUGAAGCUAAUAAGCGAGUUACAAAUAACGUCAGUAAGACAAAAUACAGAGCAGACUAUGAGAAGAACAAAGCUAAUGCAGAUUAUAAUGUGCUUCCUGCCACAGAGAACCCAUUGUUGAAACAAUUGAAAACUGCAGGAGAUGUGCUGAGUGAUAAAUUAUACAAAGAAGCCUAUGAACAAUCAAAAGCAACAAGCAUGAAUUACUGUGACACACCAAAGUUUCAGACUGAUAGUGUUCUAAAGAAUUUUAGUGAUGUAAAAUACAAAGAUGCAUAUCAGAAGAAUAUUUUAGGGCACUAUUUGGGCAGUUUUGAGGACCCACAUCACACACACUGUAUGAAAGUUGAAGCUAUGAAGAGUGAUAAAAAUUACAAAGCAGAUUACGAGGAGGACAAGACAAAGUGCUACUUCCCUCAGACCAUAACUCAAGAAUAUGAAGCUAUUAAGAAGUUAGAUCAGUGUAAAGAUCACACCUACAAAAAGCAUCCUGAUCAAAUCAAAUUUACUCAAGUGACUGACUCUCCAGUACAGAAGCAAGCAGAGAUCAAUAGUAAACAGCUGAGUGAUAUACUGUAUAAAUCCAAAGGUGAAAAAAUUAUUCACAAGUACCACCUCCCUCCUGAUGUGCCCCAGUUUAUCCAGGCUAAAGUUAAUGCCUACAAUAUUAGUGAUAACUAUUACAAAACGGGUUUGGAAGAAUUAAAAUCAAGAGGAUAUGAUCUAAAAUCUGAUGCUAUUCCUAUCCGAGCUGCCAAGGCUGCUAGACAGGCUGCCAGUGAUGUUAACUAUAAAAAAGCCUAUGAACUUUCCAAGGGUAAACUUGUUGGCUUCCAGAGCCUCCAAGAUGAUCCCAAACUUGUUCAUUAUAUGAAAGUAGCCAAGAUGCAGUCUGAGCGAGAGUACAAGAAAGAUUACGAGAAAACGAAAACUAAGUACAACACUCCACUGGAUAUGGUCAAUGUUGUCGGUGCCAAGAAGGCUCAAGAGAUUGCCAGCAAUGCUAAUUACAAGAACCUCCUACAUCACUAUACUUACUUACCAGAUGCAAUGAAUGUGGAGCUAACCAAAAACAUGACGGAAAUUCAGAGUGAUAAUGCAUACAAAGCAGAUUAUAAUAACUGGAUGAAAGGCAUUGGUUGGAUCCCCCUUGGAUCGCUAGAAGUAGAAAAAGCUAAAAAAGCUGGAGAUGCCUUGAAUGAAAAGAAGUAUCGUCAGCAUCCAGACACCAUUAAAUUUACAAGUGUGGUGGACACUCCAGUAAUGGUCCAAGCCAAACAGAAUACAGUUCAACUCAAUGAUAAACUAUACAGAUCUUCCGGAGAGGAAGUUAAACAUAAAUAUACUCUUACCCCAGAUGUCCCACAGUUUAUCCAAGCUAGAUACAAUGCAGCUAACGUCAGUGAUGCGUAUUAUAAACAAGACUAUCAUGAUCUGAUAGCUAAAGGAAACAAUGUAUCACUUGAUGCUAUUCCAAUUACUCGAGCCAAAGCUUCAAGAAACAUUGCCAGUGAUUAUAAAUAUAAAGAAGCAUAUGAAAAGACUAAAGGAAAACAAGUUGGUUUUAGAAGCCUGCAAGAUGAUCCCAAGCUUGUUCACUAUAUGCAUGUAGCAAGGAUGCAGUCUGAGCGUGAGUACAAGAAGGAUUACGAGAAGACCAAGACUAACUAUCAUACACCUCCUGACAUGUUCAGUAUCCAGGCUGCGAAAAAGUCUCAGGAUGUAGCUUCUGGUGCCCACUACAAAAAUCUGAUCCAUCACUACACUUAUCUGCCAGAUGCUAUGGAUGUUGAGCUUGCAAAGAAUAUGAUGCAAAUUCAGAGUGAUAAUGCAUACAAACAAGAUUAUAACAGCUGGUUCAAGGGUAUUGGAUGGAGUCCUCUUGGUUCUCUGGAUGUUGAAAAAGCUAAAAAGGCUGGAGAUGCAUUAAAUGAAAAGAAAUACCGUCAGCACCCAGACACCAUCAAAUUUACAAGUAUACCAGAUUCAAUACCAAUGGUUUUAGCUCAGCACAAUACCAAGCAACUGAGUGACGUAACAUAUAAGCAAGAGGGUGAGAAAGUAAAACACAAAUACACCCUGGAUCCUGAUGUUCCUCAGUUUAUUCAAGCCAGGGUCAAUGCCUUCAAUUUGAGUGAUGCGAACUACAAAGCAGACUGGAAAAAAACCAUUGCCAAAGGAUAUGAUCUGAAACCAGAUGCCAUUCCGAUUAUUGCUGCUAAAGCUUCUCGAAAUAUUGCAAGUGAUUAUAAGUACAAGGAAUCAUAUGAGAAAGAAAAAGGCAAACAGGUUGGAUACCGCAGCCUGCAGGAUGAUCCUAAACUUGUUCAUUACAUGAAUGUGGCCAAAAUGCAAUCAGAUCGUGAAUACAAGAAAGAUUAUGAAGUCAGCAAGACCAAAUAUCAUACUCCCUUGGAUAUGUUCAGCGUGACAGCUGCCAAGAAAGCUCAAGAAGCAGUUACGAACACGGGCUAUAAACAGCUAAUUCACAAUUAUACUCUCUUGCCUGAUUCUGUGAAUCUGGAACUAUCACGAAAUGUGAUGCAGCUUCAGAGUGAUAAUGUAUAUAAAGCAGACUUUAAUAACUGGUUGAGAGGAGUCGGCUGGUUGCCAAUUCAAUCAUUGGACGUAGAAAAGGCCAAAAAAGCUACAGAGAUUCUCAGUGAAAAGAAGUAUCGCCAGCAUCCAGACAAGCUGAAGUACUCUAUUCCAAUGGAUGCAAUGGAACAAGUGUUAGCUAAGCAAAAUGCCAAGAUCAUGAAUAAGAGGCUCUACACUGAUAAAUGGAACAAAGAGAAGACCAGCAUUCAUGUUAUGCCAGAUACUCCAGAAAUUCUGCAGUCUAAAGUGAACCAGAUCACAAUGAGUAAUAAAUUAUACAAAGCCGGAUGGGAGGAAGACAAGAAGAAAGGUUAUGACAUGAAGACAGAUGCCAUUCCAAUAAAAGCAGCCAAAGCCUCCAGAGACAUUGCGAGUGAUUAUAAAUACAAACUAGCCUACGAAAAAGGAAAAGGAAAGCAUAUUGGGUUCCGCAGCCUUGAAGAUGAUCCCAAGCUAGUGCACUUCAUGCAGGUGGCUAAGAUGCAAUCUGAUCGUGAAUACAAAAAAGAUUAUGAGAAGGCAAAGACUAACUUCCAUACUCCAGUUGACAUGCUCAGUGUUGUGGCAGCCAAGAAAGCACAGGAAGUGGCUACAAAUACAAACUACAAAAGCUUGAUCCAUACCUACAAUGUUCUACCUGAUGCUAUGAGUCUUGAAUUAGCCAAAAACAUGAUGCAGUUACAAAGUGACAAUCAAUAUAGAGCAGAAUACGAUGAAAGCAUGAAAGGUGUUGGAUGGAUGCCACUGGGCUCCCUGGAGGCUGAGAAGAACAAGAAAGCAAUGGAAAUUGUUAGUGAAAAGAAAUACCGCCAGCAUCCAGACAAGCUGAAGUAUUCUGUUCCUAUGGAUUCCAUGAACAUGGUCUUAGCUUUAAAUAAUGCUAAAAUCAUGGAUGAGCACCAAUACAAACAAGCAUGGGAAGAAGACAAAAAGAAAGUUCACAUCACACCAGAUAUUCCACAGAUCGCUUUAGCAAAAGCUAAUGCAUUUAAUUUGAGUGAUAAAAUGUACAGACUUUCUUUUGAAGAAACCAGGAAGAAAGGGUAUGAUCUCAGAGCCGAUGCUAUCCCUAUUAAAGCUGCCAGAGCUUCUAGGGACAUUGCUAGUGAUUAUAAAUACAAAUUAGGUUAUGAAAAAGACAAGGGAAAGCUUGUAGGCUUCCGCAGCCUUCAGGAUGAUCCCAAGCUUGUCCAUUAUAUGCAAGUGGCUAAGAUGCAGUCUGAUCGUGAAUACAAGAAAGCCUAUGAGACGAGCAAGACGCAUUACCAAACACCUUCUGAUGCUCUCAGUAUUGUGGCAGCUAAGGAGGCACAAGAUCGUGUAACCAAUACAAACUACAAACGACUGAUACACCACUAUAUGCUUCUACCAGAUGCAAUGAGUUUUGAACUGUACAGAAACAUGAAUCAGAUACAAAGUAAUAAUGAGUACAAGCAGGAUUACAAUGAAUGGUUCAAGGGUAUUGGUUGGAGUCCUGCUGGUUCUCUGGACGUGGAGAAGUCUAAGAAAGCUACAGAAAUUGCAAGUGACCGGAAAUACCGCCAGCAUCCCAGCAUGUUCCAUUUUACAAAACAGAAUGACGCAAUGGACAUGGUCCUCGCAAAGCAUAAUGCAGAUAUAAUGAAUAAACAUGCUUAUACUCAAGCUUGGGAGAAGGAUAAAACUCAAGUUCACGUGAUGCCAGAUACACCAGAUAUUCUACAAGCAAAACAGAACAAGGCGAACUACAGUCAGAAACUGUACAAGCUUGGCUGGGAGGAAAUGAUAAAGAAGGGCUAUGACCUCACACCUGAAGCCAUUUCAGUGAAAGCUGCCAAAGCUUCAAGGGACAUUGCAAGUGACUACAAGUACAAAGAAGGUUACCGCAAGCAACAGGGACAUCACAUUGGAUUCCGCAGCUUACAGGAUGAUCCUAAGAUGUUGUGGUCUAUGCAAGUAGCUAAGAUGCAGAGUGAGAGGGAGUAUAAGAAAGAUUUUGAGAAGUGGAAGACAAAGUUCAACAUGCCCGUGGAUAUGUUGGGCUUCCUUCUUGCUAAGAAAUGUCAGGAAUUGGUUAGCGAUAUAGACUACAAACAGAUGCUACACCGCUGGACUUGUCUACCAGACCAGAACGAUGUCACUCAAGCAAAGAGGGUCUAUGAACUACAGAGUGAUAAUCUAUAUAAGUCAGAUCUACAGUGGCUCAGAGGCCUUGGAUGGAGUCCUUUGGGAUCUUUGGAAUCUGAAAAGAACAAGAAAGCUUCUGAAAUACUGAGUGAAAAGAAGUACCGGCAGCACCCAGAUACUAUUAAGUUCACAAGUAUCCCAGAUGCCAUGAAUAUCGUUUUAGCAAAAUCUAAUGCCAAAAAUAGAAGUGAUAUACUCUAUAGACAAGCCUGGGACAAGGACAAGACUCAGGUUCACAUCAUGCCUGAUACUCCUGAAAUUUUACUGGCUAAAUCAAACUUAAUCAACACAAGUGAUAAACAUUACAAGUUAGGAUAUGAAGAGUUGAAGAGGAAAGGCUACGAUCUUCCUCCCGAUGCUAUACCCCUCAAGUCAGCGAAGGCAUCCAGAGACAUAGCUAGUGAAUACCAAUAUAAAACUGCGUACCGGAAGCAGCUUGGCCACCACAUUGGAGCGCGAAACAUAGAGGAUGAUCCCAAGAUGAUGUGGUCGAUGCACGUAGCGAAGAUCCAGAGUGACAGGGAGUACAAGAAGGCCUUUGAGAAGACAAAGACGCACUUCAGCAGCCCCGUGGACAUGCUGGGCGUGGUGUUGGCCAAGAAGUGUCAGGAGCUGGUCAGCGACAUUGAUUACAAGCAUCAUCUGCAUCGGUGGACGUGUCUGCCGGACCAGAACGAUGUUGUACAAGCCAGGAAAGUGUACGACCUUCAGAGCGAUAAUUUGUACAAGUCCGACCUUCUGUGGCUGAGAGGCAUUGGCUGGUCCCCAAGUGGUUCGCUGGACGAUGAGAAGAACAAGAGGGCGAGCCUGAUCCUGAGUGACAAGAAGUAUCGUCAGCAUCCGGACACCAUCAAGUUCACGAGCAUUCCUGACUCUAUGCCUAUGGUUCUGGCGAAGCACAACUCUGAAAUUAUGAACCAACGUGCGUAUACGUCUGCCUGGGAGAAAGACAAAACCAGCGUUCACAUUAUGCCAGAUACACCUGGUAUUUUGCUGGCCCAGCAGAACCAGCAGAACCUCAGUGAGAAACUGUACAGGCUUGCAAUGGAGGAAGAGAAGAAAAAGGGCUAUGACCUCCGCGCAGAUGCGAUUCCUAUCAAGUCUGCUAAAGCUUCCAGGGAUAUUGCCAGUGAUUACAGGUAUAAGGAAGGUUAUCGCAAGCAGCUUGGCCACCACAUUGGAGCGCGAAACAUAGAGGAUGAUCCCAAGAUGAUGUGGUCGAUGCACGUAGCGAAGAUCCAGAGUGACAGGGAGUACAAGAAGGCCUUUGAGAAGACAAAGACGCACUUCAGCAGCCCCGUGGACAUGCUGGGCGUGGUGUUGGCCAAGAAGUGUCAGGAGCUGGUCAGCGACAUUGAUUACAAGCAUCAUCUGCAUCGGUGGACGUGUCUGCCGGACCAGAACGAUGUUGUACAAGCCAGGAAAGUGUACGACCUUCAGAGCGAUAAUUUGUACAAGUCCGACCUUCUGUGGCUGAGAGGCAUUGGCUGGUCCCCAAGUGGUUCGCUGGACGAUGAGAAGAACAAGAGGGCGAGCCUGAUCCUGAGUGACAAGAAGUAUCGUCAGCAUCCGGACACCAUCAAGUUCACGAGCAUUCCUGACUCUAUGCCUAUGGUUCUGGCGAAGCACAACUCUGAAAUUAUGAACCAACGUGCGUAUACGUCUGCCUGGGAGAAAGACAAAACCAGCGUUCACAUUAUGCCAGAUACACCUGGUAUUUUGCUGGCCCAGCAGAACCAGCAGAACCUCAGUGAGAAACUGUACAGGCUUGCAAUGGAGGAAGAGAAGAAAAAGGGCUAUGACCUCCGCGCAGAUGCGAUUCCUAUCAAGUCUGCUAAAGCUUCCAGGGAUAUUGCCAGUGAUUACAGGUAUAAGGAAGGUUAUCGCAAGCAGCUUGGCCACCACAUUGGAGCGCGAAACAUAGAGGAUGAUCCCAAGAUGAUGUGGUCGAUGCACGUAGCGAAGAUCCAGAGUGACAGGGAGUACAAGAAGGCCUUUGAGAAGACAAAGACGCACUUCAGCAGCCCCGUGGACAUGCUGGGCGUGGUGUUGGCCAAGAAGUGUCAGGAGCUGGUCAGCGACAUUGAUUACAAGCAUCAUCUGCAUCGGUGGACGUGUCUGCCGGACCAGAACGAUGUUGUACAAGCCAGGAAAGUGUACGACCUUCAGAGCGAUAAUGUGUACAAGUCCGACCUUCUGUGGCUGAGAGGCAUUGGCUGGUCCCCAAGUGGUUCGCUGGACGAUGAGAAGAACAAGAGGGCGAGCCUGAUCCUGAGUGACAAGAAGUAUCGUCAGCACCCGGACACCAUCAAGUUCACGAGCAUUCCUGACUCUAUGCCUAUGGUUCUGGCGAAGCACAACUCUGAAAUUAUGAACCAACGUGCGUAUACGUCUGCCUGGGAGAAAGACAAAACCAGCGUUCACAUUAUGCCAGAUACACCUGGUAUUUUGCUGGCCCAGCAGAACCAGCAGAACCUCAGUGAGAAACUGUACAGGCUUGCAAUGGAGGAAGAGAAGAAAAAGGGCUAUGACCUCCGCGCAGAUGCGAUUCCUAUCAAGUCUGCUAAAGCUUCCAGAGAUAUUGCCAGUGAUUACAAGUAUAAGGAAGGUUAUCGCAAGCAGCUUGGCCACCACAUUGGAGCGCGAAACAUAGAGGAUGAUCCCAAGAUGAUGUGGUCGAUGCACGUAGCGAAGAUCCAGAGUGACAGGGAGUACAAGAAGGCCUUUGAGAAGACAAAGACGCACUUCAGCAGCCCCGUGGACAUGCUGGGUAUCGUGUUGGCCAAGAAAUGCCAAGAGUUGGUCAGCGACAUUGAUUACCGCCACUAUCUGCACCAGUGGAUCUGUCUGCCAGACCAGAAUGAUGUUAUCCAUGCUAAGAAGGCCUAUGAUCUGCAGAGUGAUAAUUGCUACAAGUCCGACCUUGAAUGGUUGCGGGGCAUUGGUUGGGUCCCAAUUGGUUCCUUGGAUGUUGAAACAGCCAAGAAGGCAGGAGAGAUCUUGAGUGAUAAAUUAUACCGUCAGCCUCCGGACACAAUCAAAUUUACUAGUGUUACUGAUUCUCUAGAGAUGGUCUUGGCCAAGCAUAAUGCAGAGACGAUGAAUAAGCGUUUAUAUACAGAUGCCUGGAAUAAAGACAAGACACAAGUUCACAUCAUGCCCGACACACCUGAAAUCACACUAGCAAAACAGAACAUGCAAAACUACAGUGCGAAACUCUACAGACAAGCCAUGGAAGAAUCAAAAAAGAAAGGCUAUGAUCUGAGAAGUGAUGCUAUCCCCAUUCAAGCUGCCAAAGCAUCCAGGCAAAUUGCCAGUGAUUACAAGUAUAAGGAAGGUUAUCGCAAGCAGCUUGGCCACCACAUUGGAGCGCGAAACAUAGAGGAUGAUCCCAAGAUGAUGUGGUCGAUGCACGUAGCGAAGAUCCAGAGUGACAGGGAGUACAAGAAAGCCUUUGAGAAGACAAAGACACACUUCAGCAGCCCCGUGGACAUGCUGGGUAUCGUGUUGGCCAAGAAAUGCCAAGAGUUGGUCAGCGAUAUUGAUUACCGCCACUAUCUGCACCAGUGGAUCUGUCUGCCAGACCAGAAUGAUGUUAUCCAUGCUAAGAAGGCCUAUGAUCUGCAGAGUGAUAAUUGCUACAAGUCCGACCUUGAAUGGUUGCGGGGCAUUGGUUGGGUCCCAAUUGGUUCCUUGGAUGUUGAAACAGCCAAGAAGGCAGGAGAGAUCUUGAGUGAUAAAUUAUACCGUCAGCCUCCGGACACAAUCAAAUUUACUAGUGUUACUGAUUCUCUAGAGAUGGUCUUGGCCAAGCAUAACGCAGAGACGAUGAAUAAGCGUUUAUACACUGAAGCAUGGAAUAAAGAUAAGACCAUGGUUCAUGUCAUGCCUGACACACCGGAAAUCCUGCUAGCUAAGCAAAACCAAUUAAACUACAGUCAGAAAAUGUACAAACUAGCUUUGGAGGAAUCAAAGAAGAAGGGUCAUGACAUGCGUUACGAUGCCAUUCCUAUUCAAGCUGCCAGAGCAUCCAGAGAGAUUGCCAGUGAUUACAAGUAUAAGGAAGGUUAUCGCAAGCAGCUUGGCCACCACAUUGGAGCGCGAAACAUAGAGGAUGAUCCCAAGAUGAUGUGGUCGAUGCACGUAGCGAAGAUCCAGAGUGACAGGGAGUACAAGAAAGCCUUUGAGAAGACAAAGACACACUUCAGCAGCCCCGUGGACAUGCUGGGUAUCGUGUUGGCCAAGAAAUGCCAAGAGUUGGUCAGCGAUAUUGAUUACCGCCACUAUCUGCACCAGUGGAUCUGUCUGCCAGACCAGAAUGAUGUUAUCCAUGCUAAGAAGGCCUAUGAUCUGCAGAGUGAUGCUGUUUACAAAUCUGACUUGGAAUGGCUUAGAGGUAUUGGAUGGGUUCCUAUUGGUUCCAUGGAUGUUGAGAAAGCUAAGAAAGCUGGAGAAAUCCUGAGUGAAAGGAAGUAUCGUCAACCAGCAGACCAAAUUAAAUUUACUAGCGUGACAGAUUCUUUGGCUAUGGUAUUAGCCAAGCAAAAUGCUGAGAUAAUGAACAAGCGUUUAUAUACAGAAGCCUGGGAUGCAGACAAAACAUCAAUUCACGUCAUGCCUGACACUCCAACAAUUUUAUUAGCAAAGGCCAAUGCGGCUAAUGUUAGCCAUAAACUUUAUAUACAAGCCUGGGAAGAUGCCAAAAAGAAGGGUUAUGACUUGAGAGCUGAUGCGAUUCCAAUCCGAAGUGCAAAGGCAUCAAGAGAUAUCGCGAGUGAUUACAAGUACAAAGAAGCUCACGAGAAGCAGAAAGGCCACUACGUUGGGUGCCGGACAGCCCAAGAGGAUCCCAAGCUGUCGUUUGCUGCGCGUGCCAUGUUGCUGCAGAACGACCGCAUUUACAGGAAGGCAUACCACGAUUCGAAGGCCCAGGUCCACCUGCCCGUUGAUGCGUUGUCAGUGCAGGCAGCCAAGGAGUGCCAGACGCUGGUCAGUGAUAUCGACUACCGCCACUACCUGCACCAGUGGACCUGUCUGCCUGACCAGAAUGACGUGAUCCACGCCAGGAAAGCCUACGACCUGCAGAGUGAUAACGUGUACAAGUCGGACCUGGAGUGGUUGCGAGGCAUUGGCUGGCUGACAGAAGGUUCUGUGGAUGUGGUUAAAGCAAAGAAAGCCCAGGAAAUCCUGAGCGACAGGCUGUACCGCACACGUCCGGAGGAGCUGAAGUUCACCAGCAUAACUGACACACCAGAUGUCGUCCAGGCCAAGAUCAAUGCUUUGCAGCUCAGCGAUCAUCUGUACCGUGAGGCCUGGGAUAGAGAUAAGAUGCAGAUCUCCAUACCUUCUGAUACUCCCGUAAUGCUGCAAUCCAAAGUCAAUGCUCAGAACAUCAGCAACAAACAUUAUCAGAAGGCCUGGGAUGAGGCCAAGGCAAAAAGCUAUGACAUAAGAGCUGAUGCCAUUCCCAUCAAACAUGCCAAGGCUUCCAGAGACAUCGCUAGUGAGUACAAGUACAAAGAAGCUCACGAGAAGCAGAAAGGCCACUACGUUGGGUGCCGGACAGCCCAAGAGGAUCCCAAGCUGUCGUUUGCUGCGCGUGCCAUGUUGCUGCAGAACGACCGCAUUUACAGGAAGGCAUACCACGAUUCGAAGGCCCAGGUCCACCUGCCCGUUGAUGCGUUGUCAGUGCAGGCAGCCAAGGAGUGCCAGACGCUGGUCAGUGAUAUCGACUACCGCCACUACCUGCACCAGUGGACCUGUCUGCCUGACCAGAAUGACGUGAUCCACGCCAGGAAAGCCUACGACCUGCAGAGUGAUAACGUGUACAAGUCGGACCUGGAGUGGUUGCGAGGCAUUGGCUGGCUGACAGAAGGUUCUGUGGAUGUGGUUAAAGCAAAGAAAGCCCAGGAAAUCCUGAGCGACAGGCUGUACCGCACACGUCCGGAGGAGCUGAAGUUCACCAGCAUAACUGACACACCAGAUGUCGUCCAGGCCAAGAUCAAUGCUUUGCAGCUCAGCGAUCAUCUGUACCGUGAGGCCUGGGAUAGAGAUAAGAUGCAGAUCUCCAUACCUUCUGAUACUCCCGUAAUGCUGCAAUCCAAAGUCAAUGCUCAGAACAUCAGCAACAAACAUUAUCAGAAGGCCUGGGAUGAGGCCAAGGCAAAAAGCUAUGACAUAAGAGCUGAUGCCAUUCCCAUCAAACAUGCCAAGGCUUCCAGAGACAUCGCUAGUGAGUACAAGUACAAAGAAGCUCACGAGAAGCAGAAAGGCCACUACGUUGGGUGCCGGACAGCCCAAGAGGAUCCCAAGCUGUCGUUUGCUGCGCGUGCCAUGUUGCUGCAGAACGACCGCAUUUACAGGAAGGCAUACCACGAUUCGAAGGCCCAGGUCCACCUGCCCGUUGAUGCGUUGUCAGUGCAGGCAGCCAAGGAGUGCCAGACGCUGGUCAGUGAUAUCGACUACCGCCACUACCUGCACCAGUGGACCUGUCUGCCUGACCAGAAUGACGUGAUCCACGCCAGGAAAGCCUACGACCUGCAGAGUGAUAACGUGUACAAGUCGGACCUGGAGUGGUUGCGAGGCAUUGGCUGGCUGACAGAAGGUUCUGUGGAUGUGGUUAAAGCAAAGAAAGCCCAGGAAAUCCUGAGCGACAGGCUGUACCGCACACGUCCGGAGGAGUUGAAGUUCACCAGCAUAACUGACACACCAGAUGUCGUCCAGGCCAAGAUCAAUGCUUUGCAGCUCAGCGAUCAUCUGUACCGUGAGGCCUGGGAUAGAGAUAAGAUGCAGAUCUCCAUACCUUCUGAUACUCCCGUAAUGCUGCAAUCCAAAGUCAAUGCUCAGAACAUCAGCAACAAACAUUAUCAGAAGGCCUGGGAUGAGGCCAAGGCAAAAAGCUAUGACAUAAGAGCUGAUGCCAUUCCCAUCAAACAUGCCAAGGCUUCCAGAGACAUCGCUAGUGAGUACAAGUACAAAGAAGCUCAUGAGAAGCAGAAAGGCCACUACAUUGGGUGCCGGACAGCCCAAGAGGAUCCCAAGUUGUCGUUUGCUGCGCGUGCCAUGUUGCUGCAGAACGACCGCAUUUACAGGAAGGCAUACCACGAUUCGAAGGCCCAGGUCCACCUGCCCGUUGAUGCAUUGUCAGUGCAGGCAGCCAAGGAGUGCCAGACGCUGGUCAGUGAUAUCGACUACCGCCACUACCUGCACCAGUGGACCUGUCUGCCUGACCAGAAUGACGUGAUCCACGCCAGGAAAGCCUACGACCUGCAGAGUGAUGUUGUUUAUAAGUCAGACCUAGAAUGGCUCCGUGGAAUUGGUUGGCUGCCUAAUGACUCUCCAGAUGUUAAGAGAGUGAAGAAUGCCCAGGAUCUCCUGAGUGAUAACGUGUACCGCACACCUAUUGAAAGCCUGAAGUACACCAGUGUUGUCGAUUCUCCAGACGUUGUUUUGGCUAAAGUGAACGCUGAACAAAUCAGCAUUCCAAAAUACAAAGAAGCCUGGGAAAAGGACAAGACUAUGAUCCAUAUUACGCCAGACACACCUGAAAUCACCCUAGCCAGGACUAACGCUCUUAAUUACAGCCAGAAACUGUAUAAAGAAGCCUGGGAUGAACUGAAGAUGAGUUAUGAUUUGAGAGCAGAUGCAAUCCCAAUCAAGGCAGCCAAAGCUUCUAGAGAAAUUGCUAGUGAUUAUAAAUACAAACUGGAUCAUGAGAAGCAGAAAGGACAUUAUGUUGGAGUUCCAAAUGCAAAAGCAGAUACAAGAAUGCAGUUUGCCCUUGGCAUAGGAAAGGUGCAGAGUGAACUAGAAUACAAGAAAUACUUUGCCAAAUGGAAGACACAGUGCCACCUGCCAGUAGAUAUGCUGUCUAUUCAGUCAGCUAAACAUGGCCAGUCCUUGGUCAGUGAUAUUGAUUACCGUCAUUACUUGCAUCAAUGGAUCUGUCUUCCGGAUCAGAAUGAUGUCAUACACGCCAGGAAAGCCUACGAUCUUCAAAGUGAUGCAGUUUACAAGUCUGAUUUAGAAUGGCUACGGGGAAUUGGAUGGUUGCCAAAUGAUUCAGUCGGAAUAAACCAUGUCAAACAUGCUGGAGACCUCUUGAGUGAGAGGAAGUACCGUACAAAAGCUGAAACUCUUCCAUUUACUCCAGUGGCGGACAGAGUUGAUUAUAUCACAGCAAAGAAUAGCGGGGAAAUUCUUAGUGAUAUAAAAUACCACAAAGAGUGGAAUGAGGUCAAGUCAAAUUAUACUCUGACAGAUACACCACAGCUAGAUAUGGCUCGUGAGGCAGCCAGAAUUCUUAAUCAGAAUUUAUACAAGGAAAGCUGGGAGAAAGAAAAAGCCACUGGUUACCUCUUACCUCCUGACACUGUGCAGAUCUGUCAUGCCAAACACUCAACUGAUGUCCAAAGUGAGCUUAAAUACAAAGCUGACUAUGUCAAACAAAGAGGUCAUUAUGUUGGAGUUGCCAGUAUGAGAGAUGACCCGAAACUGGUGUGGUUUGAGCAUGCCGGCGAGAUCCAAAACGACAGGUUGUACAAAUCAGAUUAUCACAAAACGAAGUCCAAAAUACACAUCCCUCCAGAUAUGGUGUCAGUUGUAGCAGCCAAGGAGUGUCAGACCUUGGUCAGUGAUAUUGACUACCGCCAAUACCUGCACGAAUGGACAUGCCACCCUGACCAGAAUGACUGUAUUCAGGCAAGGAAGGCCUAUGAUCUGCAAAGUGAUAAUAUUUAUAAAUCUGAUUUGGAAUGGCUCCGUGGCUGUGGUUGGAUUCCUCUGGAUUCAGUAGAACAUAAGAAAGUUAAGAAUGCACAAGAACUGAUAAAUAAGAGAGCAUAUACGAAAGAAGCCCUUGAUAACUUUUCCAAUUAUACCAGUGUGGUUGACACUCCAGACAUUGUCUUGGCAAAGAUUAACUCCGUCAAUCAGAGUGAUCUAAAAUACAAAGAAACAUUUAACCUUGAGAAAGGACAGUACAUUGGGUCUGAUGAUACUCCCGCACUGAACCACGCCAGAGACAUGUCCUUACUGUACAGUGAUAAACGUUAUAAAAAUGCUUGGGAAAUCAGCAAGCCCAUUGGGUAUUCUUUGGAUGAGAAAUACAUUCCACUUGUUGGAGCCAAGCAUGCAAACUACAUAAACAGUGAGCUUAAAUAUAAGGAAAUAUAUGAGAAACUGAAAGGACAUUACCUGGCUGGGAAGGAGAUUGGUGAUUUCCCCAGCGUCGUUCAUUCACUAGCAUUCCAGAAAAUAAGGAGCGCGUUGGCAUAUAGAAAGAAUUAUGAAGACACCAAAGCAAAUGUCCAUAUUCCAAGUGACAUGAUGAAUCAUGUACUAGCUAAGAAGUGCCAGUAUAUCCUUAGCGAUCUUGAAUACCGAACUUACUUCCAUCAGUGGAAUUGUUCACCUGAAGAAAAUGAUGUUAUUCAAGCCAGAAGGGCCCAGGAAAUUUUGAGUGAUGUGGUGUAUAAAGAUGACUUAAAUUGGCUGAAGGGACUUGGAUGCUACGUCUGGGAUACUCCACAAAUCCUGCAUGCUAAAAAAUCAUAUGACCUCCAGAGCCAAAUAAAAUACACAGCUGCAGGAAAAGAAAAUCUUCAGAACUUUGGUGUUGUUACUGAAACACCAGUCUACGUGACUGCAGUGCAAAGUGGUAUAAAUGCCAGUGAUGUGAAAUACAAAGAAGAUUACCAUAAAACUAAGGACAAGUAUACAACUGUGACUGAAACAGUGGAUUCUGAAAGAGUUCAAAAUUUGAAACAUCUUUUUAGCAAUAAUCUUUACAAGGAAGCCUGGGACAAAGUGAAAGCUACUAGCUAUAUAAUGCCCUCUGAUGCUGUAUCCUUAGCACGUGCAAAAGAACUGAAACAUAAUGCUAGUUAUGUAAAAUACCGAGAAGAAUAUGACAAGUUUAAAGCACUGUACACGAUACCCAAAGGUGUUGAGGAUGAUCCCAAUACAGCAAGGUGUCUUAGAGUUGGAAAACUUAAUAUUGAUCGUCUGUACAAGGAAACCUAUGAAAAGAAUAAAGCCAAAGUCCACAUUAUUCCAGACAUGGUAGACAUCGUUUCUGCUAGGGAUGCACAGCAGAAAAUCAGUGAAAUUGAUUACCGUACACAUCUCCAUGAAUGGAUCUGCCUACCAGAUCUUCAAAUCAAUGCCCAUGUUCGAAAAGUAACUGAUCAACUCAGUGAUGUGGUAUACAAGGAUGAUCUUAACUGGCUGAAAGGCAUUGGCUGCUUCGUUUGGGACACUCCUGAGAUUCUCCAUGCCAAACAUGCCUACGACCUUCGCAGUGAUAUUAAGUACAAAUCUAAGGCAGAAAAGAUGAAGAGUGACUACACUGUGGUCAUGGAUACUCCUGUCUAUGUCCAGAAUGUCCUCAGUGGCUUGAAUUUAAGUGAAGCUAUCUAUCGUGGUGAAUAUAAGCAUAAUAUCAAAGGCAAAAUGAUUCCUACAGAUAAAACAGUAGAUUUAGAGCGGGCAUAUCAUGCCAACAAAAUACAGAGUGAAAAUUUGUAUCGCUGGGCUGGUGUGAAUGCUCUACCUACUGGAUACAGCCUUCCUACAGAUACCCCCAGCUUUCAGCAUGCUAAACAUGUCCAAUACAUUGGCAGUGAUCUGAAAUAUAAAGAAGCCUAUGAACAUAUGAAAGCUAAAGGCUAUACUCUGGGACCUAAAGAUGUUGGGUUUGAGAAUGUGAAGAAAGUGAAUCAAGUCAUUAAUGAGAGGUUGUAUCGGGCAACAUACCACAAGAACAAGGACAAGAUUCAUACCACUCCAGACACACCAGAAAUCCGUCAAGUCAAAGCAACACAGGAAGCUGUCAGUGAUUUGAUCUAUAAGUCAGAUUUCUUCAGGAUGCAGGGACACUUGAUUUCCUUGCCAUAUACUCCCCAGGUGUUGCACUGCCGCUAUGUUGGAGACAUCACAAGUGAUAUUAAAUACAAAGAGGAUCUGAAUUGGUUGAAGGGCUUAGGUUGCUUCCUAUAUGACACUCCUGAUAUGGUCCGUGCUCGUCAGCUGCGUAAGCUUUGGUCUAACUACAUAUACACUGAUACAGCAAAGAAGAUGCGGGAUAAAUACAGCGUGGUAUUGGAUACUCCUGGAUACAGGACAGUUCAGGAACUAAAAACCCAUUUGAGUGAACUUGUUUACAGAGCUGCAGGCAAGGAGCUGAAGACAAAAUACACUUCCAUCCUUGAUACACCUGACUUCUUAAGAGCCAAACAAGGACAAAAAAUACAGAGCCAGUACUUGUAUGUGGAGCUUGCCACAAAAGAGAGACCUCACCACCAUGCUGAUGGUCAGACUCCAGCCUUCACACAUGCUAGGCAUGUAAAGGACAUGGUCAGCGAGACAAAGUAUAAAACCCAGUAUGAGAAGAUGAAGGACAAAUACACACCUGUCCCUGACACACCAGUCUUGAUCAGAGCCAAGAGAGCGUACCUGAAUGCCAGUGAUUUGCGCUACAAAGAAACCUUUGAGAAUACUAAGGGGAAAUACCACACAGUGAAAGAUGCUUUGGAUAUUGUCUAUCAUCGGAAGGUCACUGAUGAUAUUAGCAGUGUGAAAUAUAAGGAAAACUAUAUGAGCCAGCUGGGAAUCUGGAGAUCGAUCCCAGACCGACCAGAACAUUUCCAUCAUCGCGCAGUCACAGAUGCUAUUAGUGAUGUUAAAUACAAGGAAGACUUAUCAUGGCUCAGAGGCAUUGGCUGUUAUGCAUGGGAUACUCCAGAUUUUGCUCUGGCGGAAAAGAAUAAAGUGCUCUACAGUGGGUGUAAGUACAAGGAGAUAUUUGAAAAGACUAAGUCUCAUUUUAACUAUGUAGCUGACUCUCCAAUUAACAAGCAUUUUAAACAUGCAACUCAAUUGAUGGAUGGGAAAUUAUAUAAGGCUGCCUAUGAGAAGCUCAAAGAUAGGUACAGCGUUAUUGUGGAUGAUCCUAGGAAUCUCCUGGCCAAGUGGGGGACUACACUGAGCAGUCAGAAAAAAUAUAAAUCCUUUGCCAAGAUGCUCCUGCAACAUGGAUGUAAUGAAAUUCUGAGGCCAGAUAUGCUGACAGCUCUCUACAACACAUACUUAUGGAGCCAGGUUGAGUACAAAAAAGACUAUGAAAAGAAGAAAGAUAAGUACACUACAGUUGUGGAUACUCCAGAACACUUAAGGACUACAAAAGUCAACAAACAGAUUAGUGAUAUUAUCUACAAAUUGGAAUAUAACAAAGCGAAGCCUAAGGGCUAUACUACAAUUCAUGAUACACCUAUGUUACUGCACGUGCGCAAGGUCAAGGACAGAAUAAGUGAUCUGAAAUACAAAGAAGUGUACGAGAGGAAUAAAUCUCACUGCAAUGUUGUAGCAGAUUCUGUUCACAUUAAGACUCCAAGGCAUGCUUACAAGCUAAACAGCAACCUUGAUUAUAAGAAGAAAUAUGAAGCAGCCAAGGCUCAUUGGCACUGGAUUGCUGAUAGACCUGACUUUGUUCAAGCGGCCAAGUCGUCUCUGCAACAGAGUGAUUAUGAAUACAAACUGGACCGGGAAUUCCUAAAGGGAUGCAAACUCUCUGUCACAGAUGAUAAAAACACAGUACUGGCUUUAAAUAAUGCCAUCUUGUCAAGUGAUGUAAAAUACAAGGAGAAGCACAACAAAGCUCGAGGAACGUGCCUUGUUGUUCCAGAUACACCUCAGAUCCUCCUGGCUAAGAAUGUCAGCUCUCUGGUAUCUGAGAACAAAUACAAAGAACACAGCAAGAAACAGCUACCACAUGGGUCUUAUACUACCCUGCCUGAGACAAGAGACACGGCUCAUGUGAAACAAGUGACCAAGAAUGUCAGCGAAACAAAUUAUAAAAAGAAGUUCGUGAAGGAGAAAGGCAAAUCUAAUUAUUCUAUCAUGCUGGAGCCUCCUGAAGUGAAACAUGCCAUGGAAGUUGCUAAAAAACAGAGUACAAUUGAAUACAAGAAAGAUGCCAAGUCAAAGCUCCACUACACACCUAUAGCAGAUCGACCAGAUAUUAAGAAAGCAACUCAGGCUGCCAAGUUAAUUAGUGACAUUGAAUAUAAAAAGCGUGGAGAAGCUGGCAUUGGUGUUACCAUGCUGGGACGUCCGGAUAUUGAACUGGCAAAAGAGGUGUCCAAGCUAACUAGUCAGGUGAAAUACAAGGAGAAUUUUUCCAAAGAGAUGGGUAAAAAACCCAAGUAUGAUUUAAAGGAGGCUAAGAUCUACAAGACCAUGAAAGAUGCUCACAACAUGGCUAGUGAGGUGAAAUACAAGGCAGAUUUAAAGAAACUUCAUAAGCCUGUUACAGACAUGUCUGAAUCGCUGAUCAUGAACCAUGUCCUGAGUACAAGCCAACUCGCCAGUGCUUACCAGUACAAGAAGCAGUAUGAGAAGAGUAAGGGUCACUACCUUGUGGUGCCAGAUAAUCUUGAACAGGUUCACCUAAGGGAGGCAUCAGAACUACAGAGCCACGUGAAAUAUAAAGAAAAGUAUGAGAAGGAAAAAGGUAAACCUAUGUUGGACUUUGAAACUCCAACAUACCUUACUGCAAAGGAAUCUCAGCUCAUGCAGAGUGAGAAAGAAUAUAAGAGGGACUUUGAAGAGUCCAUUAAGGGCAGAAACCUUACUGGCUUGGAGAUUACACCAUCCUUAUUACAUGUCAAAUAUGCAACCAAAAUAGCAAGCGAGAAAGAGUACAGGAAGGAUCUGGAGGAAGGUGUCAAAGGUAAAGGAUUAACAGCUUUAGAGGAGACUCCAGACAUGUUAAGAGCAAAGAAUGCAACUCAAAUCCUGAAUGAGAAAGAGUACAAAAAAGCCUUGGAAUUAGAAAUUAGAGGAAAAGGUCUCACAGAACUGGCUUUGGAGACACCGGAUUUUGUGAGAGCAAAGAAUGCCACAGACAUUGCCAGUCAGAUCAAAUACAAGCAGUUGGCAGAAAUGGAGAAAGCCAACUACACGAGUGUUGUCGAUACUCCAGAGAUUAUUCAUGCCCAGCAAGUCAAAAACCUUUCAAGCCAGAAAAAGUACAAGGAAGAUGCAGAAAGGACCAUGCCAUACUAUGUGCCUGUAGCAGACACACCAGAAAUGCAGAGAGUCCGUGAGAAUCAAAAGAACUUCAGCACACUUCAGUAUCAGUGGGACCUACAGAACAGCAAAGGAAAAGUUACAGUUGUACAAGAUACACCAGAAAUGCUGCGUGUGAAAGAAAACCAGAAGAAUUUCAGCUCGAUUUUAUAUAAAGAAGAUAUUGGAACUGGAACUACGAUUGAAAAGACACCAGAGAUGCAGAGAGUUAAACGAACACAAGAUGCAAUUAGCUCGAUUAAGUACAAGGAGAGUAUUGGAAAAGGAACUCCAAUUCCCGAUCUCCCCGAAGUGAAACGUGUCAAGGAGACACAGAAGCACAUCAGCUCGGUAUUGUACAAAGAGGACCUAGGGACAGGUAUCCCAACACCUGUCACUCCAGAAAUAGAGAGAGUGAAACGCAAUCAAGAACACAUUAGCUCGGUAUUAUACAAAGAGGGCUUAGGGACUGGCAUCCCCACACCGGUCACUCCAGAGACGGAGAGAGUCAAACGCAAUCAAGAGAACAUUAGCUCGGUGUUGUACAAAGAGGGGCUGGGAAUUGGGACCCCAGUACCUGUAACUCCUGAGAUGGAGAGGGUCAAACGCAAUCAAGAAAACUUUAGCUCGGUGUUGUACAAAGAGGAGGUGGGGACAGGAACCCCAACACCUGUCACUCCUGAGAUUGAAAGAGUCAAACGCAAUCAAGAAAAUUUUAGCUCGGUGUUGUACAAAGAGGAUCUGGGGACAGGAACCCCAAUACCUGUCACUCCUGAGGUUGAGAGGGUGAAACGCAAUCAAGAACACAUUAGCUCGGUGUUGUACAAAGAGAGCGUGGGGACUGGAACCCCCACUCCGAUCACUCCAGAGAUGGAGAGGGUCAAACGCAAUCAAGAAAUCUGUAGCUCGGUGUUGUAUAAAGAAAACAUAGGGAAAGCCACCCCAACACCUGUCACUCCUGAGAUGGAAAGAGUCAAACGCAAUCAAGAGAUCAUUAGCUCGGUUUUGUACAAAGAAAAUGUGGGGAAAGUGACCCCAACACCAAUCACUCCAGAGAUGGAGAGAGUCAAGCGCAAUCAAGAAAUCAUUAGCUCGGUGUUAUACAAAGAAAACUUGGGGCGCGCAACCCCCACACCUAUCACUCCAGAGAUGGAGAGAGUGAAACGCAAUCAAGAACAAAUUAGCUCGGUUGUAUACAAAGAAGGCUUAGGGAAGGCAACCCCCACACCGGUCACUCCAGAGAUGGAGAGAGUCAAACGCAAUCAAGAACAGAUUAGCUCGGUUUUGUACAAAGAACAUCUAGCAAAAGGAACUCCAACACCAAUGACUCCAGAGAUGGAGAGAGCUAAACGCAAUCAAGAAAACAUCAGCUCGGUUCUUUAUUCAGAUAGCUUCCGAAAACAAGUACAAGGCAAAGCUGCUUAUGUACUGGAUACACCUGAAAUGCGGCGCGUACGAGAGACCCAGAAACACAUUUCCACGGUGAAAUACCAUGAGGAUUUUGAGAAAAACAAAGGUACUUUCACACCUGUAGUUACUGACCCCAUUACAGAACGUGUGAAAAAGAACAUGCAAGACUUCAGUGACAUCAGCUACAGAGGCAUUCAAAGGCGAGUAGUAGAAAUGGAGAGAAAGCGUGUGGACCAGGACCAAGAGAAUCUCACAGGUCUUCGUGUGUGGCGCACCAAUCCUGGCUCAGUCUUUGACUACGACCCAGCAGAAGACAACAUUCAGUCCAGAAGCCUACACAUGAUCUCAGUCCAAGCCCAGCGCCGCAGCCGGGAGCAUUCCCGCUCUGCCAGUGCCUUGAGCAUCAGUGGUGGGGACGAAAAAUCUGAGCCCUCGGAAGGGAUGGAUCAACAUUUGUCCUACUACAGCAACGGGGGCUUCUUUACCUCAACUACCACAGUGGGCUAUAAACAUGCUAAAACCAUAGAGUUGCCACAACAAAGGUCAUCUUCAGUUGCCACCCAGCAAACAACGGUAUCGUCAGUUCCUUCCCAUCCAUCGACCGCUGGCAAGACGUAUCGGGCCAUGUAUGACUACAUGGCAGCUGACGCUGAUGAAGUUUCCUUCAAAGACGGUGACACGAUCGUAAACGUGCAAGCCAUCGAUGAAGGCUGGAUGUACGGGACUGUCCAGAGAACUGGCAAGACGGGCAUGCUGCCAGCCAACUACGUAGAAGCUGUCUAAAUCAAAACCCCUUUCCCUAAGGCACAUCUGCAUGGCCCAGACAUGCCGGCCACGUCUCACACCUUGGAAGAGUUUCUAACACUUCUCCAAAGUGCUUUGUCUUCCAUGCUGAUAGUGCCUUAUAAACCACCACAGAGGAAAAAACUGCAGAACAAAGUAUUUCUGAAACAGCUCUUCAAAAUAUGUUUGAUAACUACCUGUAAACACACUACUAGACAGCGCUCCUAAGAGCUGUCUUGCUUCCAGUGUCCAAAAUCUUUUCUUCCAACUGGCCUAGACUUCCAUUUAAAACAUACAGCUUACCAUCAAAAUGUUCUAAUACUAGAGUUUUAAUCCAGUUCAGUAUCGCUGAACUUCUACACAUGAAGUUAAGGCCAAGGCUACCAAGCGUUACUUUAUUCACUCUUCCAUAAAGAGAUUUUUCUGGACUAUUCUAAAAUGUUUGAAUAUAUUUGUUUUCCAUGUAAGCUUAGUAUCUCAAACCAAAGUUUAUCUGUCAAAGUUUAUCUGUCAGGGAAGAUGGGGAAACACCACAAAGCAAAAGCCUCUUCCCUCUGCUUGCUGAGCUCUUAUGCAUGUGUUUGUCAUGCAGUUGUUCUGGGGUCAGAAGUUGUUACUUGUAAAUUAGUGACUAAAUAAAGCUGAUGUUUCUGCAGUAUCUUUGACUAUUAACUCAUGAUGAAGAGCAGGAAUCGAUCUUAAAACAAAUUGGCUUUGUUCAGAAAACUGAAAAAACCAACAGCCACAAUGUUAAGUCAAACUCUGAGGACUGUGAAUGAACUGGAGAGGUUAUUUCAUACCUGAACACUGGUUAUCUGCUUCUCCUGAAGCACCUGGUCCUUCUGUCUCUGGAGGCUGGCUGGUAAAAUGGUAAAAAAGGCACUUCAUCUUUAGUUUAUCUUGGACAAAGUACACACGGUAAGUUAACAUUAGGAGGAGUUGCAACUGUUAACUCUGAAGGCCUUUGUUCAGAGGGAAUCCGCAGCUAUCGUGGCGUACGCAGCCAGCUUGAAAGGACAACGUCACUCCUCCCACUGGGGAUGCGGUGUAGCGAAAGCAGCUGGCAGGACAGCAAAACCUACAGGCACUCCUCACUGGUGCUGUUCACACAGUGCUACGACACCACAGCCCAUUCAUUUACGGGAUGUGUGAACAGGGCACAGAACAGCAGUGCUGGUAAGACACGACCUUGGCCUUGAGGACCUAGUCCUGGCUUAAGGAGCCACCGAUAACCUUCCAAGGUUCCUCCCAACCUUGCGAUUCCAAAGCAAGUCUGAGGAAGGGCUAAACAGAGCUGCAGUCAUUUUUUUUCCCAUUUAAACUUAAAGACUGACAUUAACACCUUUGGGAACUAAUUGCUCUUUUAUUUGCACAUAUGUAAGUUCUAAAAACACCUGCAGCAAUUCCUCUCCAUAAGUGUCCAAUAUAUACAAAUUAGAUUUCAGGAGUAAAACCCAAGAACUCUGAAGGUCUCUGAGAAGCAGCAAUGCAUUCCAUGCAAUUAAAACUCGAUCAUAAAUUAUUAACCAACAUUUGCAGUCUGUACAUAAUAUACAAAGAACCCAAGUCAAAUCCCUUCACUUCCGCAAAAGGAGAAGGUCUUCUCCACCAGGGGAGAACUGCUGCAAACAAAGCUGUUAGAGCACAGGAAAAAGCCUGAGAAGUUUUGCAAAGUCUCUCACUUGCCAGAUGCAUUUUAUGGUCAGCUUCUUAGUGGGAUUCUGGUAACAAGGCAUGCACAAAGAGAUGCCAUCCAGUUGUCAGACACCAGGGUUUUGGACUGCUACCACUGCAAGGAACUAAGCACAGCUUAACCCAAUAUCCAACAGCGCUGAAGAGUUUCAGCGACUCCAAAGGAAACGGACCUGGGAAGCACAGGAGCAGAGCUGUGAGAUUGAUCUCCCACCACGUAAGAGUUUGCAGUCGUAAGAACACUUUGGAUGUGAAAAAAUAAUUUAACUACUCUGUUAGUUUGGUUUCACAGUCUUUGCUAUUGCACACCUUCAUCAAGUUUUCUUUCGCUACCUGAAAGAAAUAUGCAUAGCAAUACAAUACAAAUACCUUCAACGGGGAAUAGCCAAUCCCACAAGUUAAAAAAACCACCGGAAAAAAGAAAAAUCAUGAUAUAUUUUGUUCAUAUAGGUUUUUAAAAAAUCUUCUAUAGUACAAAACAUACACUUUAAGGAUUAAUUCACCAGUAAGAAAGCUAAAUUUCUGGGGAAAAUUGU